GGCCAGGGAAGGGGUGGAGUCAGGGCCCUGCUGCGGUCAGUGACAAAUGCUAGCUCCAGUCCAGCCAGCCCUCUGCCCUUUACCGAGCCUGAGGAACCGUUCACCUCCACCACUGCGUGCAGUCAGCCACGGGACAGAAGCGAGGCCAGCCACAAUGCAGCUCGGCCUCCUCUUGUGCCUGAUGCUCCUCAGCCCACAGGUGGCCACCUUCCGCCGCCACCACUCCCAGGAGGUGAAGAAGAGAGUCAAGGAGUCACCGUUGGUUGCCACAGUGUCCCCCUGCAGCAAGGACUUUACCUUCGACCUCUACAGGGCUUUGGCCGCAGCUGCCCCUGACCAGAACAUCUUCUUCUCUCCUCUGAGCAUCUCCAUAACCCUGGCCGUGCUCUCCCUGGGGGCUCAGGCCAACACAAAGGCACAGAUCCUGGAGGGCCUGGGCCUCACCCAGCAGGGGUGCCCAGAGGAGGAGCCGCACGAGGCCUUCCAGCAGCUGCUGCGCGAGCUUGGCCAGCCCAGGGAGGACAUGCAGCUGAGCCUGGGCAAUGCCCUGUUCGUUGGCCUCACAGUGCCCAUCCGGGAGGCUUUCCUGAGUGCCAUGAGGACGCUGUACUUGGCAGACACUUUCCCCACCAACUUUGGGGACCCUGCAGGGGCCCAGAGGCAGAUCAACGACUACGUGGCCAAAGAAACUAAAGGCAAGAUUGUGGACUUGGUUAAGGACCUGGAUAGCACAGAGAUCAUGGUCAUGGUGAAUUACAUUUUCUUUAAAGCUAAGUGGAAGAAAGGUUUCGACCAAAAAAGCACCCGAGAGGAGGAUUUCUAUGUGACCCCAGAGACAGUGGUGCGGGUGCCCAUGAUGGUCAGUGAGAACCGGUAUCACUACCUCCUGGACAGAAACCUCUCUUGCAAGGUUGUGGGGCUCCCCUACCAAGGGAACGCCAGCGCUCUGCUCAUUCUCCCCAGCGAGGAUGGGAUGGCCCAGGUGGAGAGCGGACUGAAUGAGAACCUACUGAGGAAGUGGCUCAAGCUACUCACAAAGAGACAGCUCGAGCUUUACCUUCCCAAGUUCUCCAUUGAGGGCUCCUAUCAGCUGCAUAAAGUCCUCCCCAAGCUGGGGAUCAGAGAUGUCUUCACGUCCCAUGCAGACCUGACCGGCAUCACAAACCACUCCAACAUCCACGUGUCUCAGAUGGUGCACAAAGCUGUGGUGGAGGUGAAUGAGGCGGGAACCAAAGCAGCUGCAGCCACAGGCAUAAUCUUCACGUUCAGGUCGGCUCGAAUUGGCCCUCAAAAGGUCAUGUUCAACAGGCCCUUUUUGAUGGCCAUUGUGGAAAGAAGCAGGGACAUCCUCUUCCUUGGCAAGGUGACCUGCCCCUGAAGCAGGAUUUCUCCUGCAUGGCCACAGGUCUCCAGAGGAGCAGAUGAAAGUGCACCCUCUGGCCAUCUAUCUGCAGGGAGCUAGUGAAUUGCACAGGUUUAGUUGACAAAGUAGGCUUUCACAAAUAAUAAUAAUAAUAAAAAUAAUAAUAUCGA